GGCAGGCAGCGCCGGGAACGAGACACUCGGGAGCGACCCGCCACACUGCUCCGGCGUCUGCUGCGCUCCCGCCCCCCUCUCCUGAGCCGGCCGUACAAUCCUCGGCAGUGUCCUGAGACUGUAUGGUCAUCUCAGCCGCCGCGCCGACCGGCCCCCGAUUCUUCUGUUGUCGUUGGAAUAACUUUUUCUUUAUUUCUUUCUCUCUUUUUGAAAAGCCAAGAAAGUGACUCCGUUUUGAGGAGAAAAGGAACUUCGGUCCCUUUCUCGCUGCCCUCUUUUUGGCGUUUGACAGCCUCCUCCCACUCCUGUCCCUGACCCCGCCUCCCGGUGCAGGUUCCUCCCUGUCACCUUUCUCCACCCCUUUCCCCCGCACCUAGCCAGCUGCCCGCAAACUUCCACCUGACUGUGUGGGGCUCUCAGGCCUGCGAGCACCUUUAACAUCGACCGAACCCUCGGGAAAAGGGCGAGGGCCACAGCGAAGGUAGCGGCUGCAGCCCCACACGCUGGGGGGCCCAAGUGCUCGGCGUCUCAAAGGGCCACAGCGACAAUGACAGCUGACAAGGAGAAGAAAAGGAGUAGCUCGGAGAGGAGGAAGGAGAAGUCCCGGGAUGCAGCAAGGUGCCGGAGAAGCAAGGAGACGGAGGUCUUCUAUGAGCUGGCCCACGAGCUGCCGCUGCCCCACAGCGUGAGCUCCCACCUGGACAAGGCCUCCAUCAUGCGGCUGGCCAUCAGCUUCCUGCGGACACACAAGCUCCUGUCCUCAGUUUGCUCUGAAAAUGAGUCUGAAGCUGAGACCGACCAGCAGAUGGACAACCUGUACCUGAAAGCCUUGGAGGGUUUCAUUGCCGUGGUGACUCAAGAUGGAGACAUGAUCUUUCUGUCGGAAAACAUCAGCAAGUUCAUGGGACUCACACAGGUGGAGCUAACAGGACACAGUAUUUUUGACUUUACUCAUCCCUGUGACCAUGAGGAGAUCCGCGAGAACCUGAGUCUCAAGGAUGUCUCUGGUUUUGGGAAAAAAAGCAAAGACCUGUCCACAGAGCGGGACUUCUUCAUGAGGAUGAAAUGCACAGUCACCAACAGAGGCCGAACUGUCAACCUCAAGUCAGCCACCUGGAAGGUCUUGCACUGCACCGGCCAGGUGAAGGUCUACAACAGCUGCCCCCCUCACGGUGGUCUCUGCGGCUACAAGGAGCCCCUGCUCUCCUGCCUCAUCAUCAUGUGUGAACCCAUCCAGCACCCGUCCCACAUGGACAUCCCCCUGGACAGCAAGACCUUCCUGAGCCGCCACAGCAUGGACAUGAAGUUCACCUACUGCGACGACAGAAUCACGGAACUGGUUGGUUACCACCCAGAGGAGCUGCUUGGCCGCUCAGCCUAUGAGUUCUACCAUGCACUGGACUCAGAGAAUAUGACCAAAAGUCACCAGAACUUGUGCACCAAGGGUCAGGUGGUGAGCGGCCAGUACCGGAUGCUGGCAAAGCACGGGGGCUAUGUGUGGCUGGAGACGCAGGGGACGGUCAUCUACAACCCUCGCAACCUGCAGCCCCAGUGCAUCAUGUGUGUGAACUACGUCCUGAGUGAGAUUGAGAAGAAUGAUGUGGUGUUCUCCAUGGACCAGACGGAAUCCCUAUUCAAGCCGCACCUGAUGGCCAUGAACAGCAUCUUUGACAACAGUGGCGAGGUGGCUGUUUCUGAGAAGAGCCACUUCCUGUACACCAAGCUGAAGGAGGAACCGGAGGAGCUGGCCCAGCUGGCCCCCACUGCGGGAGAUGCCAUCAUUUCUCUGGAUUUUGGGAACCAGAACUUUGAGGAGUCAUCAGCCUAUGGCGAGACCAUCCUGCCCCCUAACCAGCCAUGGGCUGAGGAUUUGAGGAGCCACGGUGCCCAGAGUGAGCCCGGGAGCCUGCCUGCGAGCCUGCCCGCGAGCCUGCCUGCCUUCACCAUGCCCCAGGCAGCCGCGCCGGGGAACACCAGCCCCAGUGCCACCAGCAGCAGCAGCUGCUCCACGCCCAGCAGCCCUGAAGACUAUUACACAUCUCUGAAUGAUGAUCUGAAGAUUGAAAUGAUUGAGAAGCUCUUUGCCAUGGACACAGAGGCAAAGGACCAGUGCAGCCCCCAGGUGGACUUCAACGAGCUGGACUUGGAGACGCUGGCACCCUACAUCCCCAUGGAUGGGGAAGACUUCCAGCUGAGCCCCAUCUGCCCGGAGGAAAAGCUCUCGCCUGAGAACCCUCAGUUCAUCCCCCCGCAGUGCUUCAGCACCAUGACGAACAUCUUCCAGCCGCUGGCCCCUAUGGCUUCCCACAGCCCCUGCUUCCUGGACAAGUAUCAGCAGCCACUGGAAAGCAAGAAGAUAGAACCUGAGCACCAGCCCCUGUCCUCCAACUUUUUCGAUGGCGGGAGCAAAGUGUCCCUGCCACUGUGCUGCGGCCAGGCCAGCACUCCUCUCUCUUCUUUGGGGGGCAGAUUCAACACAGAGUGGCCCCCGGACCCACCAUUACACUUCCGUCCCACGAAGUGGCCUGUUGGAGAUCAGCGCACUGAGGCCCUCGGGGCGUCACCGUUGGGGCCCCCCUUCACCUCGCCUCAUCUCUCCAUGUUCAAGAAGAAGUCUGCGAAGGGCUUCGGGCCUCAGGGCCCAGACGUGAUGAGCCCCGCCAUGGUCGCCCUCUCCAACAAGCUGAAGCUGAAGCGACAGCUGGAGUACGAGGAGCAAGCCUUCCAAGACAUGAAUGGGGGGGACCCUCCAGGCAGCAGCCCUUCCCAUCUGAUGUGGAAAAGGAUGAAGAUUCUCAGGGGCUGCGGGAACUGCCCUUCAAUGCCCAGCAAGCAGCUGAGCGCAAACGUGCCCAGUGAUGAAUUCACCCAAAAUCCCAUGAGGGGCUCAAGUCAGCCUCUGAGACACCUGCCGCCACCACAGCCACCGUCUGCCGUGAGCCCUGGGGACAACGCCAAGAGCAGGUUCCCACCGCAGUGUUGCGCUUUUCAGUACCAAGACUACAGCCUGCCAUCGGUCCACAAGGCGGCAGGUAUGGCAAGCCGGCUGCUUGGGCCCUCGUUUGAGCCCUACCUGCUGCCCGAAUUGACCAGAUAUGACUGUGAGGUGAACGUCCCUGUACCAGGAAGCUCCACACUCCUGCAAGGAGGGGAACUUCUCAGAGCCCUGGACCAGGCCACUUGAACCAGGGCCUUCCCCAGGGCAGGUCCCCUGCAUGCCAUCCCGCCAGCUUCACUCUCGACAUCUAUUUUUGCAACUAGGUAUUUCUAACACCAACACUUUUUACAAGAUGUACUUACCUGGCAAACUUGCCCAGGUUACCGAGUAAUGGCCUUUUUCUGAAGAUGCUCAUUUUAUUAUCUAUAUUUUUAAAAUAUACAAUUGUUUUACCUGUGUUUUACUCUGUCAAUGAAAAUAUUCUUAAAUUUUGUAAGAUUUUCCUCCCCUACUUCAAUUACUUCUAAUUUAUAUUAUCCAUGGGCCUCCCUCUUAUACACACACAAUAUUCAUACUAACAAGUUCGGUGUAUGUUUGUUCCACAGUAGGGAAAGCUUUGGCUUCAUUUAACUGAAAAGAUUUUGUUGUUGUUGCCAAAGAGAAACAAAACAAUUUUGCUUUCAAGCUUGAUUUGUGGCCUCGCCCUCUCACAGUCCUUCUCCUUCCUUUUUUUAAAACUAAUCACCAUACUGUAAAUUUCAGUCUUUUCUUUUAAGCCAACUCUUUGCUAUCAUUUCGAUGGCUUUUGGGAAAAAAAAAAGAAAUGUGAAGGGUGAACUCCAGUGUAUGUGGUUAUCCGUGAAAGAUGCAGCGUGGCUUCCCCAACUGUUCGGUGUUCUGCUCCCCCCCACCCCCGCUUUGGUGAUUUUUUU